GCCCCGGUGUGUUAUAGGCAGAGGCUUUCUGAUUUGUAAAUCUUCAGAAAUAAUCUUAUUCUGUGAGUGUGUCCUCGAGUUAUAUAAGAAAUAGAAUUUUACAGUAAUUUUCUAAUUGUGACCUGGUGCCUAGACUUUACUCGGAUUACUACACGGGACAGAGUGUCUGUUUACACACCGAAGCAAUUUAAUUCGAUGUGCUCUGAAUUUCAAGAAAACCGAUAUUAUUAAAGGAAGACAUUAGCUGCAGGUUAAAAAGAAGGAGAAGAAGAAAACAAAACCAAAUAGAUUUUCCAGUUUCCAGUGUCAAAGAAGGAAUACUGUGUUGGGCAGCAUUACCAAGGAAUGGCUGGGAAUUUUUCUCUGCUUCAACAUCCGUUAUAUAUACAAUAUUAUUCCCUAUCUAGAUUACAGUGUUUGAGAAAUGUGAUAUCACAACCCCCGCCUGGUGCUGCUGAACGGUACUGCCCUCCUAGACACGACCAUUUCAUGGGUUGCUGGAACUACACAGAUGCGGGAACUAGGGCUUAUCUCCCUUGUCCAAACAUACCCGGCUUUGCACCAGAAAAGCUGGCAUACUUUGACUGCUUGGGGAAUGGUUCCUGGUUUGUACACCCAGCCACUGGGAAGGAAUAUGCCAAUUACACGGACUGCAGAAACUACCAUAAUGUCAUAAAAGAGACAGAAAAAGACAUUGCGCAUGUGUACGUAUCGAUUGCCGGAUUUAGCGUGUCGCUCAUUCUCCUUGUCUGCUCUCUGAUAAUUUUCUUCAAGUUCAGACAGUUGCGGUGCGACAGAAUCACAGUUCACAAAAAUCUUUUCAUCUCAUACGUCAUGACAGGCCUCUUAAAUACCGGAUACUUGUCCGUAGUCGCUUUUGAUGAUAGCAUUCUGAUAGAAAAUCCGGUAUGGUGUCAGGCGCUACAUGUCAUCACACAGUACGCGGUGGUCAGCAACUUCGCCUGGAUGUUCUGUGAGGGUCUCUAUCUCCACACCUUAAUGAUCAAUACCUUCAUUUCCGGAAACGUCGUCAUCACUGUAUGUUUCAUCAUUGGUUGGUUUGUGCCAUUAGGUCUGACAGCGGUCUAUACUAGUAUCAGAGCGAUACUUUCAAUCGAUACUCAAUUUUGCUGGUUGUAUGAGAGUUCGUUACAAUGGAUUCUGUUUGCACCAGUUGUGCUGUCCAUGCUGAUCAACGUUUUAUUCGUGAUCAAUGUUGUCCGUUUAUUGGUAACGAAACUAAGACAGAGACCGGAAAUAGGCCAAACAAGAAAAGCGGUUCGAGCCAUGGCCAUUCUGAUCCCAUUGCUGGGUUUGCAGUUUCUUGUUUUCGUCAAGCGUCCUAACGAUAAAGAUUCCACCCUAUAUGACGUCUACACUUAUACGGUAGCCAUUGUUAUAUCACUACAGGGUUCAUUUGUCUCCAUCAUCUACUGUUUUUGUAAUGGGGAGGUACUGGUACUCCUGAGGCGAAGAUGGGAUCAACACAGAGUGAUGCUACUGAGGGAACAGAAGCGCACGCACUCCGCUACAGCUUCUACGACAUAUACCUUUAUGGAUCACACGUCACUAACACACGCGCCAUGAAAUUGUCUUAUGUUCUGUAGUUGAGCUCACAGGGUUAACAUUGCUAUUACUACGAAUAAGCUAAAGUUUAACAUUGCUAUUACUAUGAAUAAGAGUCUAGUGUUCUUGUUUUCAUCACUUGUCAAAGCAAAGUCGACGAAUGCGUGAUUGAAAUUGACACGUUUACUCUGCAUUAGCGUUCGCUGACAGUUCCUGUAGAUGCAAGCUUCAAUCAUUUCUGCAAAGAGUGAUUUCAUAUGUUAAAGGUCGAGAACACACAAAGGCCAUAGACAGAAUAACCAGUCUCCUUUUCUUAUUCGUUGCACAGGUAAUUGUAUCGCUUUGGUUCGAAUUUACCAUUAAAGACAAGGUACAGAACCCUAUUAUCUUUAGAGAAGUCGAGAGGCAUAGCCUUCAUCGACUUCUCUUCGCAAUUAAGCAUUCAUAUUUUGAUUCUGGAAAACGUGUAAAUGCCGGAGUCGGUGACGGUUUAUGCUUCGACUCAGAUUUGCCUGGAUUUACGCAAUUUAGACAACAUGUACAGCAAUGCACAAAACCGUCACAAGGAAAUCAAAACUUACUUGCUUUUAAUCCAUUUUCAACAUGUUCCCUGUCACGGGUUUACGUUAACUGGUCUUGGGAGCUGUCACAAUAGGGGACCAGUUAAGAGAAAAGCAGGCUGACGUAAUCAGAGUCGUGAUUACCUGUGAUUCGUUCUUUCAUGUAUGUAAUUCUUAAUAGUGGUAGAGAAAUGAAACCAAAUUACAGUGUUUUUGUCAUUUGUUAUAUGCACUGUACAUUGCCCCGUGACUAAUUCAUUUGUAGAAUUAUUUGUGUAUGAUUUGUUUCUUGUAAUAUUAGAUACGAUUGUUUCUGUUUGAUAAAUUGGCCAAAUCAGAUCAUCUUUAAAGUUGUUUGUUCCGAAUUUCGACAAAUUUUGCCCACCUUGUAAAACACUGUCGUACUAGUACAUGUAUUAUGAGGCUCUAUGUACAACAUAUAAUAAAUUAUAUCCCUUGUUUUAACAAAAUGUUUUCGUUUUAAAUUGGUGUCACUCGGUUAUUUCUAAUGCGUAUUCAGAAGAUAAAUCAAGCGGCAUUCACGUGUCGAGUUCGGUAAGAUGAUCGGCGGCUUGGUGUGUAAAGCUGUGUAUUGUGUUACUACAGUACCGUGCCAUAUAAAAG